GGGCAGCCUUCAGCAGUCUCUCAUGACACUUCAAUAAAUGCAACUAUGGCUGCCCUUCGUAGACUUAUUUCCACGUUUACCAAUUUCACAUACACACCAGGCAGGUUUGCUGGAGCGAAACAACAAUUUCAGACAACAAAAACGUUGAAACUUAUUACAACUGGAGUGUGCCUUGCAACCGGUGCUGGAAUAGCACAUUAUUGCAAUGCAAUCCAUAACAUGCGCAUAGCACUGGCGAGUGAUAUCGGUGGACGGUGGCUUCUCUCUCUACCAUCAGUAUCUGCGAAAGAUAAGGCCAAGACGUAUGACCUGGAUGACGGGGAUGUGUACAUGUCCUCCCAUGAGAACAGGUUCCGGAUGUUCUGCUCUGUGGAGUACGAGGGUCAGCUCUUCAUGACCCCUCUGAACUUCAUAGAGUCCGUCACCAUGAGCGAACCCAAGAAAAGGAGGAUUUGGAAAUCUCUCUCAAAACAGGAUCUGGAGAACAUUCUGGAGAAUACUCCACCUGUUUCUAAAGGGACCUCUAACUUGUUCAGAAACAUGCGUGAACGAGGCAUCAUAUGUUAUACUGAGUACCUUUUCCUGCUUUGCAUUUUGACAAAGCCCCAUGCAGGCUUCAAAAUUGCCUUCAACAUGUUUGAUGCAGAUGGGAAUCAAAUGGUGGACAAACGGGAGUUCUUGGUGCUGAAAGAAAUCUUCCGUAAGAAAAAGGACAAGAAAGAAGAGAAAGACGAAUCUCACCUGCCUGAUACACUGAGCCUGCGACUGUAUGGGCACCGGGAGCCCCAUGCACAGACAGUGCUUAGACAGGAGCCCUUGGAGUUAGAGCCCAGGGGCAUGUGGGAUGUUCUGAGACGAGGGGCGAGCCAAGUUCUCUUCUCUGAUCUGGCAGAGAACAUUGUUGAAGAUAUGAUUGACACAACACUGUUGGUGCAUUUCUUUGGGAAGAAAGGAAAGGCAGAGUUAAAUUUUGACGAUUUUUACAGUUUCAUGGACAACCUGCAGACGGAGGUGCUUGAGAUUGAGUUCCUGUCCUACUCCCGGGGCCUGCCCACCAUCAGUGAGGAAGACUUCGCCAGGAUCCUGCUCCGCUACACCAACGUGGAAAACAUCAGCGCCCACAUAGAGAACAUGCGUCAGAGCAUACCUGACGAAAAGGGUAUCACAUUUGAGGAGUUCCGAUGCUUCUUCCAGUUCCUCAACAACCUUGAGGAUUUUGCCAUCGCCAUGCAGAUGUACAACUUUGCGAAUCGCUCCAUUGGCCAAGAUGAGUUUACGCGUGCAGUCUACGUAGCCACUGGCCUCAAGUUGACUCGCCAUCUGGUCAACACAGUCUUCAAGAUCUUUGAUGAGGACCACGACGACAAGCUGAGUUACAAGGAGUUCAUCGGUGUCAUGAAGGACCGUCUGCACCGCAGCCAGAGGGGAUUUAAAGUGGACGAGAAGUUCAUGUCGUUCAAGUCCUGCCUGAAGAAGCAGCUCUCUGCGAAAUAGGUGAAGAUGCACAACCCCUUCACUCCCCAACCCCUGGGUACAAUCUCUAACCUCAGGGGAAAUUCAACUCAACUGGGUUUUCUGCUCAACUUCAAGCAAGGAAUGUGUGCAAGAAUUUGUUGCUACUUUCUUGAGUUAAAGCUGAUAUGGGUGCAGUUCUUAGGUACCUAAAUAGAUAUUCUUGUUAGCGUUUAGACUGUUAUCAAAGAAACAUCAAUGCUAU